AUGCAUGGAUGUAUUAAAUCAGUUGAAUCACAAGAAAUUAACAUUGGGGUAGAAAAGUUUCAACAAAUUACAGUUGAAAUUGAGAAAUUAAUCACCAAUCAAUUGCAACUAAUUACACAAAGAGAACAAACGAUCAUUCAGAAACAUAGACAAGAAAGUACAAAUGCUGUAAAUAGAAUAAUCACUAGGGGAAGAUCUUACCAACGGGCUAAUGAAAGAGAACAUCAACGAUUUCUAGAAGAAUACAUUGUUCAAUUAGAAAAAGCAUUGGUCGAACAUUUAGAUCAUCUUCACAAGGCUAUAGAACAUGAUCAAGAAAAGAUAAUUGGCAAGUCACGAGAUUUUAUUCAAGGUUGCACUCUUGAUGCAUUAACAGCAAGACAAACUAUCCUGAAUGAUGCCUUUUCGGGCGCUAAUACAAUGAUUACAGAAAUAUUGACUCAUCACAAGACGAAGUUUUGGGACAUAAAAAAGCAACCUGUUGGUCGUGAAGAACUACGCACUAUUGACCUUCGUAUAUACUCUACUGUUGGUGAAAAUCAGGAUGGUCUAGUUUGUGACAAAAUAUCUGAUCGAAAUAAAUUUAUCAAAACAAUCCGCGAUACAAAAUCACCAAAUGAACCCAAGAGAACAGUGUACCUAAAAAGUGAUCCAAGUAUUACAAUACCGAGAACAUAA